UGACACAGAAAAUGAAGCUUCCUUCACACACAUAUGCAAUUGCCCAAAACUUUCCGUUCACCUUCGAAGACUUAUACGUACAUACACCUAUCUAUAUACGCAACUUAAGAAGAAGAAGAAGAAGAAGAAGGAGAAGAAGAAGACAUGAGCGACUUAAGGCAGCGAAGGGUCCGAACCAACGGAAUAUGGAUGAAUAUAGCAGAAAAAGGAAGGGGACCUCUUGUGCUUCUCCUCCAUGGCUUUCCUCAGCUCUGGUUCUCAUGGAACUACCAGAUAACUCAAUUGGCUAAACACGGCUAUCGUGUUGUUGCUCCUGAUAUGCGAGGCUAUGGCGAUACAGAUGCACCACCCGAUCCUGCUUCAUACACAGUAAUCCAUCUUGUAGGGGACAUCAUUGGCCUGCUCGAUGAGCUCGGCGAAGAACGGGCCUUUGUGGUUGGCCAUGACUGGGGUGCCGAGGUUGCAUGGUACUUGUCGCUCUUCAGGCCAGAUAGAGUUAGGGCCGUCGUCAGCCUGGGCGUCCCUUUCCGGCCAUACGUGGCGGUCAAGCCCAUGGAGAUGAUCACUAAAAUGUAUGGGGCAGGUUUCUUCCUUUCUCAAUUCCAAGAACCGGGAAGAGCGGAGAAGGCCUUUUCUCGCUAUGAUUGUUUGACAGUUAUGAAAAAGUUCCUACUGAUUGAUGCACCUGAUCAUGAAACUGCUCCUCCCGGUGUUGAGUUCAUUGAUUUUCUUGAUACCCCAAUAUCACUCCCACCAUGGAUUACAGAGGAAGAGCUCAUAUUUUCUGCCAGCAAGUUCAGAAAAUCCGGCUUCACUGGCCCUUUGAACUACUUUCGAGCAAUGGACCUGAAUUGGGAGUUUCUUAAACCAUGGCAAGGGGCAAAAAUCACUGUUCCAGCAAAAUUGAUAAUUGGUGACAAGGAUGUCUGGUUUCACACAUUUGGCACAAAGGAGUAUAUGGAAAAAGGAGCCUACAAAAAUUUUGUACCAAAUCUUGAAGUUGUUUUCAUCGACGGCCACCGGCAUAUCCAACAAGAAAAAGCUGAAGAAGUCACUCAUGAGAUUCUCUCCUUUUUUAAUGAUCCAUCUCUCAUGUAAUCAACUUCCAUUGUUCCUUUCUAUUUUCUAGUAUAGUAUAAUCUCCUCUGCUAAAACAUAUCUGUUGAAGAAGCCAUUGCUGAGAUGUAGUUUUGUUCUGGGAGCUAAUGCAGAGGUGCUGUUAGUUCCACUGUAAAGAAUAUUGCGAGUUGUUCUGGCCAGAAAAGUCUAAUGUCUAGAGUUGCAAAGGGUUGUACAAUGUCAUACAUAUAUAGUAGUUAUAAUGAAGAGAAAAUGGUGAUUGUGCAUAUGUUGUUUUA